AUGAAGAGAAAGCACCCUGAUUCAAAUUUGACAUGGGAUGGUAAUUGGCCAGAAUUCACGGAAUGUUUUCAGGACACCAUUCUGGUGUGGAUUACCUCAGGGUGGUUAUGGAUCACGGCACCAUUUUACGUUAUAUAUUUAGCAAAUCUUUCCCCUACAAGUUGUCAGUGGACAUUGAAGACACACUCAUCACUGGUGCUAACAGUGUUGUUAUUAGCAUUGAAAUCAAUGUGUGUUGUCUUUGCUGUGAGUAAAUUAACAAACGAUUGGAUGAAAGCUUCAGUAUUUGCACCUAUUCUCGAAGGAAUUAAUCUCAUUCUGAUAAUGAUCUAUAUAGCUGUGGAAAGACAGAAAGGUUUGGUAACAUCCGGGAUACUAUUUAUUUACUGGACUCUUAGUUUACUAUCCAGCAUCAUUCCAUUUUACUCAAAGAUUAUCAAAAAGGAAUAUGAAACAGAAAUAUUUCAAUUUGUUAUUUUUUGUUUAUCCUUUACUUUUAUCGUUAUUCAAUGGAUUUUGAAUAGCAUAGCCGAAACCUAUCAACAACCAGAGGACUUGAACCCAGAACAGAAGUCUUCGUUUCUGUCCAGAAUAACAUUUAGCUGGAUGACAAGAUUGAUGAUGCAAGGCUACAAGAAACCUUUAACAGAAGAUUCUGUGUUCGGUUUAAAGCAAAGAGACACAAGUCAAGUAGCCUACCGUAGAUUCUAUAACAACUGGGUCACUGAAUGUGCUUCAGCAAGACACGAAUAUGAAACAGCAAAUCACCAGUACCAUUUACAAGAAGCAGAAAGUGAGACCACAUAUUUAUUAAUAAAGUCUCCUCCAAAAAACAUAAAAUCUCAGCAACACCAGACCAAACCAUCCCUGAUUAAAGUUCUCUGUCGGACGUUCGCAGUACAAUUACUUAUUGCCAAUAUUUGGAAGAUUGCAUAUGAUGUAACGCUGUUUAUCUCACCAUUUCUUUUAAAAAUGUUAAUUGACUAUACUGCAGCAUCUAAGCAUCCAGAAAUAUCCAACUUUACUCAGGAAUGGAAGGGCUACUCUCUAGUUGCUGCAUUUUUUGUUACAAUUCUGAUCCAGUCUUUAAUGUUUCAUCAACAGUCUUUCUGGAGCAUGACUUUGGGAAUGAGGGUCAGAUCAGCUUUGAUGUCAGCUGUGUAUCAAAAAGCACUAAGACUGACGAGCGAGGCAAGACAGAACUCUACUGUAGGAGAAAUAGUCAACCUAAUGUCUAUUGAUGCACAAAAUAUACAGGACUUUAUAAGUUAUUUUUGGGUGUUAUGGUCAUCUCCACUACAAAGCUGUUUUAGCCUUUAUUUCUUGUAUGACACUAUGGGUCAUUCCAUGUGGUCAGGAGUUGGGGUAUUAAUUGUACUUAUUCCAUUAAAUGGUUUCGUCAUUUCUAAAAUUCAUAAGCUACAGGCACAACAGAUGAAGCAAAAAGAUGAGAGGAUAAAAUUACUAAGUGAAGUUUUAAAUGGAAUAAAGAUUUUAAAAAUGUAUACCUGGGAAAUGGCAUUCAGAGAUAAAAUAUUAAUAAUUAGGAACAUGGAACUAAAGAUACUUUUUAAAGCAGCUAUUUAUAGAAUAGUUAUUAUUUUCUCCAGAGCCGUUGCACCAUAUUUUGUAUCACUGGCAACAUUUGCUACCUAUAUAUUUAUGUCAUCUGAUCAUUACCUAGAUGCCAAGAAAGCCUUCGUUGCCAUUUCUUUGUUCAACAUACUGAGAGUUGCUAUCAGUUUUGCUCCGAUGGCAAUCAAUAAAACUAUCAAGGCGAGUGUUUCUUUCCGUCGAUUGAAUAAAUAUCUGAACAGCAAAGACCUUAAUCCAACUAACGUUGUGUACAAUACAUCAAAAGAUGAUGCAAUAGUAAUUGAAGAUGGAACAUUCUCUUGGGAUCCAGAUGGCGGGAAAUGCUUCAGAAAUAUCAACAUUACUAUACCGGAAAAAAAAAUAGUAGCUGUAGUUGGUCAUGUAGGGUGUGGAAAAUCAAGCUUGCUGUCUUCAAUAUUAGGAGAUAUGACUAAGGUCAAGGGCAGUGUUAGAGUAAAGGGUAAAAUCAGUUAUGUGCCCCAGCAAGCAUGGAUACAGAAUGCAAGUGUGGCAGACAAUAUUUUAUUUGGUUGUGAAAUGGAUCAGAAAAAAUAUAAUGACGUGAUUGAUGCGUGUGCCCUGCGAGCAGAUUUAGAUAUAUUGCCAGCAUCUGAUCGUACAGAAAUAGGAGAAAAGGGUAUUAAUCUAAGUGGUGGCCAGAAACAGAGAAUAAGUUUAGCUCGAGCUGUAUACCAUGACACAGAUAUAUAUCUCCUUGACGACCCUCUUAGUUCCGUAGAUUCAAAUGUUGGUAAACAUAUCUUUGAGAAAGUUAUUGGAAAUACCGGACUUUUAUCGGAUAAGACGAGAGUUUUAGUAACUCACGGUUUGAGGUGGUUGCCGUUUGUGGACAAGAUAAUUGUAAUGGUAGAUGGUACUAUAUCAGAAAUUGGAACUUACGAAGAGCUCCUGUCACACGACGGGGCUUUUGCACAGUUUUUGAAAAUUUAUAUAAUAGAGACAGCGGAAGAUGAAGACGACCCGGAAGAGGAGAAAAUAAAAACUGACAUAUCACAAAGAUUUAUUUCUGUCGGAUCUGGUGAUAACUAUGAUAGAUUAUUAGAAACUCAAACAGAUGAUGUUAAACUUCUAAUGAAGAUAUGCGAGUCAAAACGUCUAAGAAAUGGAAGCAAACAAAGCCAGGAAAGCUUUGUAGAAGUUCCCGUACAGAAAAGUAAACUCACAACGGAUGAAACAACCGAGGAAGGACAUGUACGUUUAAGCAUUUUUAUAACCUAUGCUCAGGCCAUCGGACUAGUUCUCGUGGGGAUUAUUCUAUUUGUGUAUGCACUAUAUCAAAUAUCAUCAGUAUUAGCAAAUAUUUGGUUGAGUCAGUGGACCUCCGAUUCGGUGCUUACAAACAGAACAGUUGGAAAACCUAAUUGCAAUACAUAUAUGGCGAAGAACGAUUAUUACCUCCUUGUCUAUGGAGGAUUUGGAAUUGCUCAAGCUGUAUUUGUGCUCAUCUUCAUUGGUAUAUUUAUGGUUCGAUCAAUCACAGCUACAAAGUUACUACACGAAAGGCUUCUUCACUGUGUUAUAAGGUCACCAAUGUCAUUUUUUGACACCACUCCUAUUGGUAGAAUCGUCAAUAGAUUUUCUGCUGAUACUGAUACAAUAGAUAACGAUUUGCCAACCACUGUUCAGAAGUGGUUGGAGUGUGUAUUCCGAGUGAUUUCAACACUUGUCGUCAUUUCAUACAGCACACCGUUAUUUUGCGCCGUGAUUGUCCCGUUUGGAAUUGCAUACUUCUUUUUGCAGAGGUUUUAUGUGGCCACUUCACGUCAGUUAAAAAGACUUCAGUCGAAGACGCGUUCCCCAAUUUACAGUCAUUUCAGCGAAACUAUCUCAGGUGCCAAUGUAAUACGUGCGUAUGGUGCUGAAGAUUCAUUCAUCAAAACAUCCAAUAACAGAAUAAAUCUCAAUCAAAGAUUUCAAUAUGCAAUUAUAAGUGCUAAUAGGUGGCUUGGCAUCCGACUGGAAUUCUUUGGAAAUAUAAUCAUAUGUUCUGCUGCAUUGUUGGCUGUGAUGUCAAGAGGCAGCAUAGAGGGUGCAAUAGUUGGCUUGUCAAUUUCCUACGCUUUACAGAUGACUGAUAACUUGAACUGGUUCGUUAGAAUGACAAGUGAUCUUGAAACAAAUAUUGUAUCUGUUGAAAGAGUAAAGGAAUACACUGAUAUUUCUGCAGAGGCCGAACUUAAUAAUGAUUAUAAGCUUCCUGUAAAUACAAACCAACAAGGCGUUAUCGAGUUUCAACAAUACUCCACAAGGUACAGAGAUGGACUAAGUCUGGUUUUGAAAAAUAUCACAUUUAAAAUAGAACCAGGAGAAAAGGUUGGAAUAGUUGGAAGAACUGGUGCAGGAAAGACAUCUUUGUCACAAGCUAUAUUUCGGUUAAUAGAACCUAUAACCGGAAGAAUAAUUGUUGACGGGGAAGAUAUAUCCAUGAUGGGCCUUCAUGACUGUAGAUCGAAAGUCACCGUUCUACCUCAAGAUCCACUUCUGUUUUCUGGAAGUCUCCGCAUGAACAUAGAUCCAAUGGGACACCACUCUGAUGAGCAAAUAUGGCGAGCAUUAGAACAUGCACAUAUAAAGGAUUUUAUACAGCAUUUACCUUCUAAACUCGAUUAUGAUUGCGGAGAGGGAGGCCAGAAUCUCAGCAUUGGACAACGUCAGCUUAUAUCUCUCGCUAGAAGUAUUCUCCGGAAAUCAAAGAUACUAAUAUUAGAUGAAGCUACUGCUGCGGUUGAUAUGGAAAAGGAUGCAUUGAUACAACAAACUAUAAGAGAGGAAUUUUCAGAAUGUACUGUUCUUACUAUUGCCCAUCGUCUUAAUACAGUUAUGGACUAUAACAGAAUUAUGGUACUCGAUAAUGGAAAGAUAAUUCAGUUUGACACCCCAGAAAAUUUGUUGCGAAAUCCAGGUGGAUUAUUUUAUCAGCUUGCAAAGGACUCGGGAAUUAUCUAAUUACCAUAUAAGCUCCAAUAACUUGAUCAUGUUUACAUGGAUUGUAUCUAAAUUGCUGGGCUCUAUAAUCAACAUCAUCAUAUAAAUUAGUAUGCGACAUCCCAUUUGUAAUAAGAGUUCUUAAAAAGGUACAAAAAUGUACAGCCAAACUUCCAAAUCAAAUAUUCGUACCUAAGAAACAUUUUGGUAAAAAAUUAAUUAAUAUGUGGUAACGAAAUGUAGGACUUAACGAUUUACCAGUUAUACAUAGAUUAUGUAAAUCGAAAUCUAUUACGUGCAGUGGCGUAGCUUGCCUUCUGUAAUUACCGACGCAGGGGGUCUGGGGGCGCAGCCCCCCAGAAGCUAUCGAGGUUUUUACAAUUUGAAC